AUUAUUAAUCUGUCGUCUGUGUUUUUACAAAUUUUGAAAGAGAAAUUCAAGAUUAACAAAGAAGAUAGAGAAGAGCAUUCUAAACAAUAAUUAACAUGAGAUCAGCAUCAGUUAACAAGAAAAAAUUUUGGUUAUCAAUUUUCAUUUUGAGUGUAUAUAUAAAUGAACAAUUCCUUGUUCUUGUUGUAGCAGCAAGAUCCCAUCCAGGCACUAUGGGUGGUGGCAAUGCUAUUCAUAAUAAGGGUUCAAACAAACAACAACACCAGCAACUAAAAGAAGAAGAAGAACAACAACAGCAGCAGCAACAAACAGGUGGUAGUGGUGGUGGUGACAGUACAAGACCCCCACCAGGUGAUGUUGAUACUGGUAAUGUUGUUCAUGAGGUAUCAAAAGGUGAUGUUGAUAAUGGUAAUGUUGUUCAUGAGGUAUCAAACAAACACCAACAACAGCAACUAAAGGGUACAAGACCCCAACUGGGUGAUGUGGAUACUGGUAAUGUUGUUCAUGAGGGAUCAAAAGGUGAUGUGGAUGGUGGUAAUGUUGUUCAUGAGGUAUCAAACAAACACCAACAACCGCAACUAAAAGAAGAAGAAGAACACCAGCAAGCAGGUGGUAGUGGUGGUGGUAAUAGUACAAGAUCCCAACCAGGUGCUGCGGGUGGUCGUAAUGCUACUGACAAGGGAUCAAAUGAACACCAACAACAGCAACACAAACAGAAACAACAUCAAAAACAAAAACAACACCAACAAGCAGGUGGUGGUGGUAACAGCUUUAAAGAAUCAAUCACAAAUGCUGGAGAAUCAGUCAAAAAACAACUAGGUGGUGCUGGAGAAUCAGUCAAAAAGCAACUAGGUGGUGCUGGAGAAGCAAUAUCAGAACAACUAGGUGAUGCUGGGAAUAGCGUUAAAGAAGCAGUCCCGAAAAAAGUACGUGAUGCUGGUAGUAGCUUUAAAGAAUCAGUCACAAAACAACUAGGUGGUGCUGGAGAAUCCGUCAAAAAACAAAUAGGUGGUUCUGGAGAAUCAAUAUCAAAACAACUAAGUGGUGCUGGGAAUAGCUUCAAAAAAGCAGUUCCAAAACAAGUACGUGAUGCUGGUAAUAGCUUCAAAGAAUCAGUCACAGGUGCUGGUAAACAAGUAGGUGAUGCUGGUAAUAGCUUCAAAGAAUCAGUCAAAGGUGCUGGUAAUAGCUUCAAAGAAUCGAUUCCAAAAAAAGUAGGUGAUGCUGGUAAUAGUUUCAAAGAAUCAGUCACAGGUGCUGGUAAUAGCUUUAAAGAAUCGGUUUCAAGACACCUGGGUGGUGCUGGUAAUAGCUUCAAAGAAUCAGCCCCAAAACAACUAGGUGGCGGUAAACAUGAUAAAGGCUUUGGCCUGGCAGUACUACCGAAUAUCGGUGGAAAACUAGCAACCCAAACACAAAUUGGUGGCAGUAGUGGUGGUGGUGGCAGCAGCAGCAGCAGCAGCAGUGAUAAUAGUGGGAGUGGCAGUGGAGGCGGUAGUAGUGGAAGUAGUGAUUCUGGUAAAGGAAGUGAGGAACCCCAAAUUAAGAAAGGAGGUAGUGGGACCAACGGCAGCAGCAGCGGAGGGGGUGGUGGCUCUUCACAAUUCAAUGCUAAGAAGUAUGGUGCACGCGCUGAUGGAAGAAAUGAUGAUACCCAGGCGUUUACGGCGGCAUGGAAAGCUGCGUGUGCGUCCAUAGCACCUGCUGAAGUUUUUAUACCAAAAGGAACAUAUUUGGUUGGACCUGUUAAAUUUACAGGGCCUUGUAAAGCAUCACCUAUAACAGUUAAUAUGCAAGGAUUCUUGAAGGCAUCAACAGAUCUUAGUAGAUAUGGUUCCUCUUCUGACUGGUUUGAGUUUGGAUGGGUUGAUGGUUUGAAUUUGAUCGGUGGCGGGACAUUUGAUGGUCAAGGUGCUGCUUCUUGGCCCUUCAACAAAUGUCCUACAAACAUGAACUGCAAAGUCCUUCCCACAAAUGUUAAGUUUGUUUCGUUAACCAAAACGACAGUGAAGAGCAUAACAUCGCUGAAUAGCAAAUUCUUUCAUAUCGUUUUAUUGGAUUGCACGGAUUUUAAAGCAAGUGAGAUCCAUAUAUCUGCACCAGGAAACAGUCCCAACACUGACGGUAUUCAUAUGGAACGUUCAACCGGUGUAACCAUUGCCAAUGCUAAUAUUGGUACUGGCGAUGACUGUGUAUCAAUUGGACAAGGAAACGCUCACGUUACCAUUACUGGCGUUACUUGCGGACCUGGCCACGGUAUCAGUGUUGGGAGCUUGGGGAGGUAUCAAAAUGAAGGAGAUGUAAAUGGAUUGCUGGUGAAAGGGUGCACACUUUCAGGGACAAUGAAUGGCAUUAGGAUAAAGACAUGGGCUAAUUCACCUGAUUCAAGUGUUGCUUCCAACAUGACAUUCGAGGACAUUGUUGUUAACAAUGUUGCUAAUCCUAUCAUCAUUGAUCAAACUUACUGUCCAUACGCCUCUUGUUCUUCAGUUUCACCAUCCAAGGUUAAAUUGAGUGAUAUAACUUUCAAGAACAUAAGAGGGACAACAUCGUCUCCGGUGGCAGUAACACUAGAAUGCAGCAAAGGAGUGCCAUGCCAAAACGUUAAGCUUGAAGAUGUACAUUUGGACCCAGCUGGUGGCGGUACAGUAGCGAAAUCAUCGUGUUUGAAUGUCCAGGCCAAAUACGCUGGAACUCAGAUUCCUCCUCCAUGUGCUUAAUAAUAAUCAAGUUAAACUACAUUGGGAUUAAGAGACUAAUUUUAGUUGGCCGUCAAUCCACCGAGCGAGCCGUCCUUUUUCCCAUGUAAAGAGUAGCAGUUUUAAUCAGUAAUAGUAUAAUGUAGAAAUUGCAGCCCCUCUCAUCUCUCAAGAAGGGCUUUUUCCCCACCAUUUUUGUUUAUAUUACUUGCCGUUCAUAUAUUGAAUUGAAACUUUGUGUACAA